AAUCAGUUUGAAAAUGUCUUUCGUGCGGUUCGGUUAGUGUAACGGGUACAAUAUCCAUCCAGCUGUCGCUUCGGCUUCCACUGGGAACUGGGAAACAGAGAGCCCAAAAAGGCAUGCCAUGCCCCAAAAGUAAACAGCAACAAGAACAGCAGAGUUUCGCAAUAAUUAAAUAAAAUUUGCCCAACACACACAAAAUUGUGGCACUCGAGUGCUCGCAUCACAGGGGACUACCCCACUACGAAAAACAAUAGAAUAAACACGAUCCAAGUGAAUGUAUGCCGGCAUCUAUCUACAUCCACAUCUAUAUCUAUGUCCAUCAGACAUCACACAUCACACAACAACAAAAACAAAGAUAACCCGCCGAUGCUCCGUGGUUUAGUGUCAAUUUGCAUUGAUGAACUGUACGCCGGCACUCGCCGUGCAUACGAAAAGAAAUCCCAUAACCCAUCCAUAAGCAGCCAUCGAUAAUCAAAGUCAGCCAAGAACUGCCUCCAGACAGAGUGAGAGAGAGGGAGUCCUUUGAAGUCCUCGAACCUUUGUGCGGUGUCUGUGUAAGAGAGUGCGUUGUCCCCCCCACAGUGUGCAAAAGUGUGAAAAAGCGCAAAAUAAAUAUUAAAAGCAAAACGUGCGUGGAUUAGAAAGCAUAACCCGUAGAGCACCGACCAUACGGCCGGGCUGCUGCUGGAAGGAUCUGAAAGAGCUCUGCUCUGCUCCCCGCAAUAAGCAGACAUCGCCGCCAGCAGACGGCGGCGUCUGGCGCCGGAACUGUCUAGCGGCGCAGCAGACAGCCACAGACACAGGAGGAGAAACAGAAGAAGUAUCCGCAGAAGGAGCAUCAGCAUCAACAGUAGAACACACACAGGAAAAAUGGCCAGCCAGCGGGAGGGAGCAAGAUGUGCUUCUCGUCGAGGAGCAGGGCUCUUGCAUUCCACAUUCAAUAUGCUGGCAUUCAGCUGGAUUAUAAUCUCCGAGUUAAUGCUCAGUGCUCAUUGCCUAAAGGAUCUGAAGAUAUUCGUGCCGGAGGCCGUCAUCAUGGGAAAUGCAGCGACAUUGUCUUGUCAAUAUGAUUUGGAGCAGGCAGCACUGUACGCUGUACGCUGGUACUUUGGCCAGGAGGAGUUCUAUCGCUAUGUACCCCGCGAGGCCAAGCCCACAUUUGUCUUCGCCGUUGCCGGCAUUAAUGUUGAUCUCACCAAUUCGGAUGCCACGUCCGUCACGUUGAAAGGUGUCACCCGAGAGCUGAGCGGCAGCUAUCAGUGCGAGGUCUCCGAGGAUGCGCCGCUCUUCCACACCGAGAUACGGUCGGCGCACAUGCAGGUGAUUGAGCUGCCCAAAGAUGACCCCGUGAUGCAGGUGGACAAGAAGGUGAUUGGCGCCAACGACCACUUCAAGGCAGUGUGCACUGUGGGUCCCUCCUAUCCGCCGGCGAACAUUACAUGGUACAUCAACGGACGCAAGAUUUACAAAACGCCCUUGCAGCGCAUCACACAGGAUGCGUUUGAAGGCUCGACCACAUACUCCUCGCUGGAGAUCUAUCCGCAUAGCCAGGUGCUGCAGGGCUUCUUCCAGGCGAUGCCCAAGUACCAGCCAAACAUAAUGCUGCUCUGCGAGGUCUCCAUUCUCCAUGUGUUCCACAAGAGCGUCCAGCAGCGUAUCGGGCUGAGCAAUGCGCCGCCAACCACCAUUUCGCCCAAUCUACUCGGCCUCGAGGGCUCCAAGCGGUAUGCCAACGGCGAUCCGGAUAACUCGGCGCUCACCGGCGCCUCUCAGUGCAUCUGCUGCAGCGCCUUGGGCUCUGUCACCCUCGCAUUGGCCACGCUGGCGGUGGCACAGCUGUGACCGGUAUAUGGAGCAACAUAAACAAUUAUUAUUGGAAAGCAAACGCAGAGGGAGGGAGGAGCAGAAGGAGGAGGAGGCGGCACAUAAAGUGUAAUUAAAAAAUAACAAAAACAAGAAACUAUACAAAAAUAUGAAUGAAUAUGUGGCUGCAAAGUGCUUAAUUGCAACACAAACCAGAAAUAAUACAACAAAAAAUAUGGAAAAUGCAAAAAAAAAACAAAAAAAAAUACUGGGAGGGGGUAAAAAGAGGAGAAAAAUCAUUGUCAGCUGCUAGUAAAAUGUCCUUGCAUUUAAUAUUGUUUUUUAUUUGCCAUGAAACAGGGGUCGCGCCGCACAUCGCAUCGGUUCAUAGUUAAAAUGGAGGUAUAUUUUCAAUGCAUUCAUUCAGUUGCGCCACGCUACAUGCAACAUUCCGAUAAUAACGAAAUAUAAUAUAAAUACAUUCAUAAGUGAAAGUUGCAAAGAAAGGCCACACUUUUCAGAAGAUCAGGUGAGCGGAAAGGCGAGAAAUAAAAUAAUUAAAUAAAAUAAUUAAUGUAACAAAAAA